AUGCCGAAAUCCAGAGGAAGUUUUAUAGAGCGCCAGUCUGCCUUAUUGCAAGGCUGCUUAGAGCUCUCCAAUUUGAUCGUCGCGUCUGCUGCUACAGUGCCUCAUUACGAACGAGGGCCGGACACGGCGGCAAUGGCUAUGGCCGCACAAGUGGCCCAGGGUGCGUUUAUCCAAAAGGAAGCUAGCUUCAAUACCCAAAAGUUAGUCGUAAUACGAAGCUCCCGAUUGGAUAAUUCCGCGUCAGCUGAUCACAAAUCAGAAGUCAUUCUGUUUACAUCGAAGUACAGUCUUCAUCACGAACGAUGUAAAAAGGUUGCUCUGGACAUGGGGGUAUGUACUUUUGAAAAGCGUGGGCGGCAACUGAGCUUCAGCGACAUCAAGCAGCAGAUGAAGGAAACAGUAUUCUUCGACCAAUGA